GCUGUUGGACUCCACCACACACAAUCCAAGUCAAACUCUGCUAUGGAGGCUACUAUGUCUACAAACUUGAGAGUCCUCCUGGCUGCUACUUCGCAUACUGCACAGAAAAUUAUACUCCUGUGAUGCCCAGCAUGGUGAACUCUGUCUGCACUGUGACCGGCCCCACUAUCAUUGACGUCCACAGCCAGAUUAACUCCAUCCAGGAUCGCUGUGCGUACUCUCUGUUCUCGACUCCGUCACUCCAAGACUUCCAGGUUCAGGGGAACUUUGAGGACCAGCGUCGUAAAGAUGUGAGUUUUUUGGGCAGUGUGACGCUGCUUGUGGACGGGCAUGACAUUCACCUGGAACAAGGUGGGAGAGUUCAGCUGGACGACUCCACGCUGACCCUCAGCAGCUCAUCUCAGCUGGUUCAUGGUGUGCAGCUCUCUAAGGACCAAACUGGAGUCACUGCCAAGCUGUCGCUCUCCAACCUCACCAUCUCUGUCUUCUUUGAUGGUGACACCGCACAGAUCCACUUAGAAGGACCUUCUGGUUCAUCUGUGGAGGGUCUGUGUGGAAACUCCAGCAGGUCUCUGAGUGACCUGAGACUCUCUGAGUACAGCUCCACCAGCUGUGAGAUGCAGUACAGUGAGCCUGCUGACAGCACGAUCAACUGCAACAGUGUGACUGAACGCUGUAAUCUCCUGAAGGAGGCGCCCUUCUCCUCCUGUAACAGUGACAUUGACCCAGAGCCCUACAUAACCGCCUGCACCGACACUUUGUGUAAAUAUCCUGCAGUGGACGGACUCGACUGUCAGUUCCUGAAGGCCUACGCCAGAGCCUGCAGUCUACACAACCACACUCUGGAUGGCUGGACAUCAAAGACCGGCUGCUCCUCUGAGGCCUUCUGUCAGGACAGGACCUGCAGCGAUCACGAGUUCUGUGGUGAGAAGACGGUCGAUGGUGACACUCGCUGCUUCUGUCGGGCCAUUUUUGCCUCCAAGUACCAAGCAAACAACUCUUUGGGUGAUCCAACAGUCUGCAUGCAGAACUCUGCUUCAGUCACUCUGGUCGGUUGUCUCCUGGAGGACAAAGGCAUCGACUACUCUGCCUUACACCUCAAGGACCCGACCUGCAGGGGUCAGGUGGACGAGCUCACCCACAUGGUGACCUUCAGCUUCAACAGCAGCAACAGCUGUGGGACGGUGGUCACGGUGGGUUUCAUCUCCUCCUCUUUACCUUCUACAAGCAGCCAAACAUCUUCCAGCAUCUUUUGGGAUUACACUCUGACCAUGCAGAGCUUCACCGACGCCGGCCGGAAACAAGCUGUGGAGUCCAACACUGAAGUGCAGCUGAACCAGAAGAUCUGGGUGGAGCUGAAGACUGACGGGCUGGAUGGAGACAUGGUUGUCAUGGUGACCGACUCCUGCUGGGCCACUGACCAGCCAUCACCCGACAGCACUCCGAGAUACGACCUGAUCAUAAACGGCUGUGCCAACCCUGCUGACCAGACUGUGCAGGUGGAGGAAAACGGACUGGGAACCGCCAACUACUUCUCCUUCAACAUGUUCCAGUUUACUGAGAGCUCUGGUGAAGUCUACCUGCACUGCAAACUCCACCUGUGUCCCAAACAGAACAACUGUGUCCCGACAUGUCCUGCUCACAGACGCAGAUAUGCCAGGUCCAAAUAUGAAGGUGAAGCCUUCAUCAGCAUGGCCUGGACUCAUUAGGUGGUUUCCAUGGUGACUCGGACUGACUGACAGGCUGCCGACCUCCAUGAUGAUCCCUGACUUUUGAUGAUGAUCCGGAUGCUGGUUGUAUGAAAGAUCGAGCUCUGUUCUGGCUGCUAUGGUGUUGUGAUCACUGCACAGCUGGAAAAGGCAGCAGUUUUGUUGGAAGUAUUGUAAGGACAGGACCAAACAGAGAGAUAAUGAUUCUGUUCCUUAUGGGUGGCAGUAGCUGACGAGAUAGAGGAGGUCAUCUACUAACCAGAAGGUUGUUUGUUUGAAC